UUGUCUGCAUUGUUUAAUUCUUUCCAAAAUUCAUCUUCUAUCUCUGAGUCUCCUCCAAUUCAAAUAGAUCCAAUCUGGGAACUGAUCGCGAUUCUCUUCUCUCCAUGGCGGCUCCAAUCCAACUCCAUGCCCUAAGCUUCUGCUUUCUACUCCCUAAAAGCGGCCAGGAGAAUACAAAUGAAUGAGUUUUGAUUGGUAGAAGCAGGCACAUACCGAAACUACCAACGAUGAAUUUUUCUUCUUGGUUUCGACGCAGACUUUUGAGGGAAAAUGGCCAGUUCACCAGCGGCAAACAAUCCCGCGGAGAGAAGGAAGAGGAAAUUCUCGGAGUCACAGACAGUUUGAUCGAAUUUGUGAAGUCCUUCACCUUCGAAACCUUCAAGAACUUUCCUCUUCCGGAUGAAGGGGAAGCACCUCGUGUUGACCAGAAUCUCUCAGAUUGGCAGGAGCGACAUGCAGUUCUUGUGCUAUCAAAAGUCAAGGAAAUUUCCCAACUCAGAUAUAAACUCUGCCCUGGACACUUGAAGGAACGCCAAUUCUGGAUAAUAUAUUUUACGCUUGUCAAAAGCCUUGUGGUUGAAUAUGAACUGCGUGCAAUUCAACUUGAUAAACUCAGGAGGAUGGCUGUAGGUAAUGAGGAAUCUUCCAACAGCACUACAUAUGAAGUUGAAAUGGCAGAGACGAAUGCCGCAUCACAUUUAACUUCUGUAGGUCCCUCAACUCCAUAGAAACCAAAGCAUGCAUUUUGGCAUCUCAGUUUCAACUAGUUUGACAGUUCUGGAAAUUGAAUUUUCGCCCACGCACCAUGAACAGAUUUGCAAGCUGAUGAAAAUAUUGUAUAUAGAUUGAUGCUUUUGAAUCAGACCAGAAAAUAUCACUCUAGAAAAAUUGGACUCUUGCUCAAGGUCCCACCUACGGAAGUUAAACGAGAGCUAAAUGCAAAUUAUUGGCAUAGGAUGUGUUGACGUUCAAGUGCCAUCAACUCUAAAAUGCUGAGACAUUGUACUGGACUGCACAUUUCUUGACGAAAGUUAUAAUAGAAAUUACACAGCUGCAAAUUUAUACUUCCCCAA